CGCAGCUUCGCCCCUCCCUGCGAAAAAUCGAUGAGACGCAGGGCCAAGUUGAAGCGAUGGCGGCCUAUCCCGAGAGCUGCGUGGACGCCACUGUGCUGGACUUCGUCGCAGACCUGUCCCUGGCCUCCCCGAGACACCCUCUCCUUUGCGACUUUUCGCCCGGCGUCCCCUUUGGGGACCCGGCCCUUGAGCUCCGAGAGGGAAGGCCCAGGAGGCUGGCGCAGUUUGAGGAGGGGACCCCGGAAGAAGAGGAUUGCGAAGUAGAUGAAGGGGAUGGGGACGAAGAGGAGGAGGAAGAGGAGGGACGCGGGAGAGGACCCUCGGUACUAGGCCGCCCCAAGAGGAAAAGGGUGAUCACCUAUGCCCAGCGCCAGGCCGCCAACAUCCGCGAGAGAAAGCGGAUGUUCAACCUCAACGAAGCCUUUGACCAGCUGCGGAGGAAGGUGCCCACUUUUGCUUACGAGAAGAGGCUGUCUCGGAUCGAGACCCUACGCCUGGCCAUCGUCUACAUCUCCUUCAUGACUGAGCUCUUGGAGAGCUGCGAGAAGAAGGAAACCGGCUGAGCCGGGUGGGAUGGGGGUCAUCAGCCCCCUCCUCGCCUGAGCGCGCGUGGGUCUGGGGUGUUUCAGGACCCAGCAGUGAGUGUCGCUGAAAGGCAAGUAGGGACGCCCCAAGACAGAACGGCUGACCUUCCGAAGAUCGGGUUUCAGUAUUGUAAAAUCCCCACAGCCCUCGGGAAGUGUGGCAGCUGUAGAGUUAAUAUAUAUGCGGUCGCCCUCAAAGGAAUGGAGAUUAGGGGCCAGAGGGCUGUUAACUAGGAGUCUGGACUGUGUGAGGCUCAAACUCAGCAUCUUCUGAGGGCUGAGUGGGUGGAAAGUUCAUCUUCUCAACGACAGAGUUCAGAGCUUCUAUGGAGUACAAUCUUUCCUCCUUCUUUUUUUUUUAAUAGAAAUUAAAAAAAUCUCACUUUUUAUUUUUUUUUUAAAUUUUUUUUUAAGACUCAAGAGUCGGGACUGAACCAUCCCCUACAGGAGGUCCUGUCUGGCUUGUGCUGGUGGGCACAGAACCACUAGGGGUGCGAUGGUGCUGAGUUUUCUGAUUAGUCAAGGGGCUCUCGACCUCCCAUGGGGUGGACAACGUGCAACAAGUGCACCAACCUCUGAGAAAGAAUCAUUCUCUCUCCUCUCUCCUCUCUCUUCAUUCGCCCUUCUCCCUCCCGUCUCCACCUGAUUUGGGUGAUCCGCGAUGAGCUGCCAUUCUGAUAUUCCCAGAGAGACCUUAGCUCGUAGCAAGGCAGCACGUAGCCAGAUCACAGUGGCAUUUACGCUGCGCCUUAGCUCGCGUACAAAUCGCCGCGUUGGCAGAAACAAUAACCUUCUUUAUGACACUUCCGGCCCUGCUUGAGAGAGGUGGGCUGGCGGUACUUCUGGCCCUAAAGCUCGGGACUCUGCCAGACCUGUAGGAGGCCCUGAGCGCGCCCACGCCCUAACCGCCCUUGCGCUUCCAACUUUCGCUGCACUCAAGGGGCCUGGGUCUUUCUAGGAGCUACGAUGCCCCAACGAGUUUAAAAAUCUUCAGCUGUCUGGAAAGGGGAUUGCUUUCAUUUUAAGGGUAUCCAGGGAGGCGAAUAGUUAAAGGAGGAGAUACAUUUUGACACUGCAAAAUGCUUGCGAUGGAAAAGAGGUUGAAGAAGGUUCACUGCUGAGAGGCGCCUCCAGUUGAACCCUUUGUCACUCCACAAUUCCUUCUUUGUGAUUUGCUAGCACCUGAACUGGGGGUUUUAAGAAAGGAGAGGUUAAGUGAAGAGAGGAACUGGAGCAAUGAUGCCGGGUUAACUGUAAAUUCACUGCUCCUAAAGAAUAAACCCCCCAAUGGUUAUUCUAGCACUUCUUUUUGCCUUUCAUUGUGCAUAGGCAUAUUCAGGUGUGGAAGCACACAUAGACAAUUCUCUAUCACACUUUUAAGAUGCUUCAUAUAAUAGAAUUCGUGUUAUGAAGCUGCAACAUAAUACGUGUUCUGGAAAGUUUGUGAAACAAAAGUUCAAAAAAGAAAAUUUGAAUCACCCCACACUAAAACACUGUUAGUAUUUUCAUCUGUUUUCUGUCAGUGUCUCUCUCCCUCCCUCCUCCGGCCUUCCCCCUCCCCUUUGCCCCCCCCCCUUCCAAUGUACUUAUAGAUUCAAUGCAUUUAACAAAUUUUGGAUACUGACUUUAUUUUCACCUGGCAUUAUAGAAUGAACACUUUCCCCUUGACUUUAUUAUUCAAAAAUGAUUUUGAUUACUGUAUUUUAUUGUCAUGUGGAUGUAUCACAACUUAAUCCAAAUCCUUUACAGUUGGUUACAGUUGGGUAUGGAAGACAUUUCCUUUCAAAAAGUACAUUAUGCCACAAAAAGCGUUCCUAUAAAUGCUUCUUCUUUAUAAUUUUCUAAUAUUAGAUUCCUAGAGCUGAAAUCUCUGGGUAAAAUGAACGUAUAGGUUUGUGAACACAAAUGGCCAGAUUUGCUUUUGCCAGUUCACACUCCAUCCCACUAGCACAACAAGGAUUUGUCCUGUCCCCCAACCACUUUGUCAAUACUUAGAGCCCUUGAAACUUUUCCCAGUUCUCCUUUACAUGGGAACUGGAUUAGUUCUGAAAUGAGCCCUUUCACCCCCCCCUUUUUUUUUCAACUCUCUCUUUCCACUAGGAUUCUUUCCACCUCUGCUAUAAACAUAUCGGAACAAACAGGUAAGAGAAAAAAAUAUAAACACUAAAUUAACCAAACAAUAACAAAACCAGGAAAUUAAUUAUUUUCUAAUUCUCUAUCUCUAGCACUUUCAUUAAGAUAAACUGAGAUUUGGAAAAUGACCUAUUUAUCUGUUUUAUGAAGUAAAAUUAUUUGUUAUCCUCUUCUUUCUCUAGACAACGUUUUAGUUACCUAGAUGAUUAUAUUCGUAUCUUUUAAGAUACAUUUAAAAUUACUCAUAUUGAUACAUGAAACAAAAAUAGUUAUUUCCUCAUAAUCUCUAGUGGCUCCAUCAAAACCCCACAUUAAUUUACCCAGUUGUCUAUUCGUUCAAUCAAGUGUUGACUUUUUAUAGAUAGUGUGGAUGGUUUCAAAAUUGAAAAAGCCUUCCUUCAAGUUCUUCUGGAAAUUAAGCAUCAUUUUUUGAAUAUCUGCAAAUGUUGAAUAAGUAAAAAGAUAUGGGGAUUCAAUUCUUGGAGUCCUUAACAUUUUGUUGGAAGAACCAGUCUUGAAAAUCAGAAAUAACACAGAACUAGGUAGACAAGGGACCAAGCAUCACUGGGUCCCGAAAAGUAAAUACAGCCAUUCAUUUUCCUUAUUCCUCUUCCUCAUAUUUCAUCUUACUGUUAUGAUCUGAGUAAGCACAUAAUAUUCCUAUAGUGAAUGCCUCUUCAGCAUAGUAAAUAAUAUCUAAUGAAUUUCUAAAUGGAAAGCUAUUACUCUAUUAUCUUUGUUGUCAUUAAAAAAAAUUACAUUCACUGUUCUUAUAACUGUUAGAUUUUUACAAAUUCUUUGCUUUUUGUAAGUUUUUACAUGUCCCAGAAUGUGAUGUCUUUUAAGUCAUUAUCAUAAUCAUUCUACCACUAAAAUGAUUUGAAGCCUAGUAAGGAUCAGAAACACAGAGAAAUUAAUUGAUUUUUAUUAUUUACACCAAAUCAUCAAUAGAAAUAGAAUGAAAUGAUCCACAUCCCAACAUUAAAUCUGAUGCACCACCAUAUUUUCACACAACUUUUGUAACUAGUGUUUUGUUUUAGUUCUCCCCAUGUUAGGUCCAUGUAAUCAGUGUACUUUGUAAUAAAAACCUUUUUUUAUAAUACAGCACAUGCUAAGUUAAAAUUGGUUGUUGGUUUACUCUUUAUAAUUAUUUUAGUCAAUAUUGAUGGAAACAUCAGUAUACAUUGACUUUUUAAUAAUUUCUACCAUUUUUUAAUCCUAAUGGUGUCAGUUACUUUAAAAGAUUAUGAUAAUUGAUUCUUGAAAUCUCAAAGUUACUUGAACAUUUAGAAUCUACAUUUUUAGAUGUUGCUUGGAGGCAAUUUAUUCUCU